CGUCACAGGGAGGAGUCGCUGUGUCCAACCCUAUGAUCCAACCGUGGAUAGAAAAACGAAGAGCGCGGUAGCGCGGCACAGCACAUCGGCGUAGAGGAAGCGGGAAGCUCCUGUGUUAGUCAGAUAAAGUGACAUCCAGUUAUCUUUAAGCUUUUUAUUCAGGUGUUUGUUCUGUUGGGUUCAGUCAGAAUCCGAAGUUCUUAAUUAAUCACCGUUGGGAAAUUCAGGGAAACUUUGUGCGCACACAAUGGCUGAGAAGAUAGACAUGGAGGACGGAAAGCCAGCCAACGGCGAGCCGCUGACCAACGGACUGAGCAGCCACAAAGAGAACGACCCCGAGCCGCUGGCCGAGCGGGUGAAGCGGAUCGUGAUGUCCAACCUGCUGGUCAUCCUCACCGUGGCCGGCGUCAUCAUCGGGGUUUUUAUCGGACUCGGCGUUCGCAACGCCACGCUCACCCAGACCCAGAUCAUCUACAUAGGCUUCCCUGGCGAGCUGCUCAUUCGGCUGCUUAAGAUGAUCAUCAUCCCGCUGGUGGUCUGCAGCCUGGUGUCCGGGUCGGCCAGCCUCGACCCCAAAGCCCUGGGCAAACUGGGAGGCUGGGCGAUGCUCUUCUUCCUCGUCACCACCUUGAUCGCCUCGUCCAUCGGGGUUAUCAUGGCUUUCAUUAUUACUCCCGGUUCGGUGGACCUCGGGAAACCGACGGUUCAGGGCUUAGACGACAGCGUGCCGGCGGCUAAAGAGGUGGUCGACUCGUUCUUAGACCUCGUCAGAAACAUCUUUCCCUCCAACCUGGUGUCUGCCGCCUUUCAGUCAUAUGCGACCAGCUACAAGCUGGUUACGAAGAAUGGCACUGAUGGAAACCCCAACAUCACAGUGGAGAAGGUGCCCAUUGGAACAGACCAGGAUGGGAUGAAUAUUCUUGGUCUGGUGGUGUUUGCCAUUGUGUUUGGCGUGGCUUUGAGGAAGCUGGGAGAGGAAGGGGAGAUCCUCAUCAAGUUCUUCAACUCAUUCAACGAGGCCACCAUGGUGCUCGUCUCCUGGAUCAUGUGGUAUGCCCCUAUUGGUAUCAUGUUCCUCGUAGCUGGCAAGAUCGUUGAGAUGGAGGAGGUUGGCAAGCUGUUUGCCAGUCUAGGAAAAUAUAUUGCCUGCUGUAUUGUGGGACAUGCCAUCCAUGGUUUACUUGUGCUGCCCGCCAUCUACUUCGUCAUUACAAGGAAGAACCCAUACACCUUCCUGUGGGGGAUAUUCACAGCGCUGGCGACAGCCUUUGGAACAAGUUCCAGCUCUGCUACUCUUCCCCUGAUGAUGAAGUGUGUCGAGGAGAACAAUGGCGUCUCCAAGCACAUCAGUCGUUUCAUCCUGCCCAUUGGAGCGACGGUCAACAUGGACGGAGCGGCUCUUUUCCAGUGUGUGGCCGCAGUUUUCAUCGCUCAGCUAAAUGGCUAUUCCCUUAAUUUCAUCCAGAUCAUCACCAUCCUUGUGACAGCGACAGCGUCCAGUGUCGGAGCAGCAGGUAUACCUGCUGGUGGUGUGUUGACCCUGGCUAUCAUCCUGGAAGCAGUGGGCCUGCCAACCAAUGACAUCUCUCUCAUCCUGGCUGUUGACUGGCUUGUUGACCGAACCUGCACGGUGCUGAAUGUUGAAGGUGAUGCUUUCGGAGCCGGCCUCCUGCAGUUCUUCGUUGACCGUACAGCCAAAAAUGAGGGCACCGAGCUAAGCGAGGUCAGGCUGGAAAGCGAACCGUCGGCCGCCGCACCCGAGCACUCGCCGCUUAUUGAAAAACGAGACGGGGGAGACGGUGAGAAGCGACCGCCGUCUAGUGAAAAAGAGUCAGUCAUGUAAACCAGCUGCUGAUAUCAUUGAGAAAAACCUAUCUUAUGUGACACUCCUGAAAGAUGAAACCAGGCCCCAUUUUUACAAUUUUAAUUUAAUUUUUUUUUUUUUUUUUUAACCUCCUGCCCUGAGAGAAGAAGUGCACACAGAGAGGAUGAACAUGCACGGCACAAUGCAAACAAAAGCUCUCUGUCCUCAACGCUUUUCUGGGGAGUCGUGUGUUUGAGAAGUGUAGAAGGGGAAAACCAAAAGCGAUAUCAUGCACAAUUACUUGGGUUUUCACUUUGAGGGACAGUGAUGUAUAUACGUCUAGCUGCUGUGUUGACUCACACUGAUGUUGCGUUUAGUUGGUCCUCGUCAAUUUUAAAGUCAGAAUUCUAUGCAGUCUAUUAGUCCGUUACCAUGUGACCAGUGAUGCCCUGCAAGAUGUAGCAGCUAACGUUAGAUCUGUUGUUACAAAUAUAAGGAAUGUUACAAUCAUUUAUGAUGUUGAAAUAGAAAUUACAUGGAGGCAGUUACUUAUUGGUGUAUUGUUACUGCUGUGUCACAUCUUAUUUACUGCAUUUAGGAAAUUAUUGUUAUUCACAAGUUCUGUUUGUGACUAUUCACCUUUUUGAUAUCAACUUCCCGGUGGAAAACAUGAAGAAUUCUGACUGUAAGUUUGAUGAGGACGACUAUACAGUUUGCUGGACCGAGUAAGACAAUUCAAAUUCCUUAUCUGGAAUCCUUAGCCGUGUGUGUGCCAGUGUGUGCGUGUGCGUGCGUGCGUGCGUGCGUGCGUGCGUGUGUGUGUGUGUGU